AUAAUCUAGUCCAGGUUUGAAGCGUCUAGGUUUUGUAGUUUUGGAAUUAGAGUAGUUCUAGUUUGACCGAGAUCGAGAAAAACAGGGGCAAAAAUGAUCCCUUAUUGAGGUUUCACAAAUCAGAAAAAAGCUUCAUAAAUCCAAAACAUGGUUUUAAAUAUCCUGCUAAUAGAUCAGACGAAUCCAGUCCAUGUUUGAAGAGUCUAGGUGUUGUAGUUUUUUUAAAGAUGCAGACGGCAGUGAAAAAUUAGGUGGGGCCGCCCUUUAGCCAUUUCCAGAAUCAGAAGCCGGAAUCUGAAACCAACUUCAGCUCCGUCAAACAAACGUAAUAAACAUUAAUAUGAACAGUAGUUGUAGUGAUAGUAGCGGUAGCAAUAUCAUAUUUAUGAAUUGGCAAAUUUGAUAACUUCCUUUUAUGAAAAAGAUGCCGCAGACAAAUUACAAUCUGCAAACUGAAGCACCCAGAAUCCAGACUCUUGAACCAAAGCUUUGUACUCCAAAGCACAACACAGUUAUGCUUAAGUUUCUUAUAGUCAAAGCUUUUAGGAAGCUUCGUCUCUGUCCAUCUGUUGUGGUUCAAACAAAAUACAAACAUAGGUUUAGGUCAGUUGCUUUGUAAUAUUUUCUAUAUGUCCUCCUAAAGGCUACAGUGCUAUUAGGAUGAGAAAUCAGAGGGUAGAUAGAAGUUAAACAGUAAACCAUAGGAGACCCAUCUAGCUAAAGUUGCCUUUCUUAGCAUUAGCUGUUUGUGUUUCUGUCCAUAUACAGUAAAAACAAAGCAUCUCUUCCUAGUUAUAAAGCGCAAAAUAUCACCAUUUAACACAUUUAUUUUGGUUGAAAUCUGUCUCUUUUUGAGAGCAUCUUAAUUCCAGACUUAGUUUUUAGUGUGACUCUUAUUUAAUUGUUAAUCGCAUUCUAAAACAUUAGCUUAAUACUUACUAAAAACGGUUGAUGUUAAUCGCUAAAACUGAAAAUCGUCCACUUUCUGAAUUAGAUUUCUGAAAUACAUAGAUGUAUAUAGAUAGACUGUUGAUAUUUAUUUUAUUUUAUUUUUUAGAUGCGGCUGUGUAUAUUUAUAAUCUCUGUUACACAUUAAUUCAGCAAAGAUUCAUCAAGAGAGAGAGAGAGAAAAAAUCCGAUUGUUUAACUCGUCUUGGACAGUAGAUGGUAAUAUGCAGGAAUCCAGAUGGUUGAAGAUGGAUGAUGGCUUUCCACUUCACGCACAGAGCAGCCAAUGGCAGGACGCGGCCGAAGCAGAUGCCUCUGUGAUCAAACCAAUGGGAGAGGAGCUUCCCUGUCGCCCUGUCUGCCUUCUGAAUGGCGCUGUUUUGUGCCUACAUGUGACCACAGAAGGCGCUCGCUGGUAUUUAAACAUCAACCACAGGGUGCUGAAGUGGACAGCUCCCCACGCAGAUAAACAGCGCCGAGUCGAGGCGCGAUGGCUGCCUAUGCUCCUCCUGGUGGGUUCCUCUCGGCUUCCUCUCCUCGUAACACUGAAUGAAAACACCAGUGACUCCCAACCUGCGCGUUAUUUCCGAACACUGACGGAGGGAGGGAGACAUCGCGCAGUAAGGCGGAUGUCGGGGCACCUGUAGCUGAUUCUGGAUCACGGGUUCAGAAGAAUCGGGUUGUUUCGCACCAGUUUCGUCUCGUUUUCUGCAGGAUACACGGGCUCUGGUGCCGUUUUGGUCCCGUGACGAGGAAGAGCAAAUGUCACCCAAAGCCUUUUAGGUGACGGAAGCAUUAAUUUCUAAGCCGCUCUGUGUGCCUGCUCGUACACAGGGGGAGCAUGGAUAGAGAUGAAUUUCCUCUGGCUGGAGCGCUGUGUGGAUUUGUAGAGCGGGCGGUGUGCUCCCGUGGAAACUGAACUGAAGAGAGGGACAAAAGCACCGCAACUAACCUCGCCUUUUCCUCCAAAGAUCCUUUGGUUUUUUUUUUUCCUUUUUUGAAAGGGGGUAUUUGCAAUCCCCCCCCCCCCCCAAUCAGUGAUGGGGAAAGAGGAGUGCAAAACAAUGCUGGAUGCUUUGAACAAAGUCACAGCCUGCUACAGGCAUCUGGUCAUCGCUCUGGGAAGCACAUCGGAUUCCCAGAACCUGCGAGAGGAGCUAAAGAAGACCCGCAAAAAGGCCCAGGAGCUGGCCGUGGCCAACAGGACUAAACUGACCACCCUGCUCAAAGACAAGACCAUCAGCAAGGAGGACCGCGCCGAGUACGAGCGCCUCUGGGUGCUGUUCUCCAGCAGCAUGGAGCUCCUGGAGGUGGACAUGAAGAGAUCCUUGGAGAUAGGGCAGGACUUCCCCCUCAAGGUGCCCACCAGGCACCUCAUCCAGACGGGCAUGACCGGCAGCACGAAUGCGGUGGCCGCCCGGGCCAUGAGCGUCCAGAACAUGAAGUACGAGGCCGACAGCAACAUCGACACGGCGGACCUCAGGGACCUGCAGACCGAGAUCACGCAGGUGAGCCAGAUGAUGGAGGAGAUGGAGAUGAAGGUGCAGGUGGCGCCGUGGGCCGUGGUGGCGAAACAAGAAGCGGGCGCCGAGCUCAAGUCCAACAUGAGCGUGGGGAACUCUUCCGUGGGUGUCAUCUCCAUCUGCGAAGAGGAGCCCAAAGACGAUGAAGGUGGAGGCGGCAGGGAGGGGGGUUCUGGGUCGAUCGGCGCCGUGGUGGUGUUCUUUGUCAUCGUGGCAGUCGCUCUGGUUCUAGGAUAUUUAGUUGUCAAUAUGUAGUGAACUGUCUGAGCAACAGCAGAGCCCUGAAGGACACCUGCUCGGCUUUCCACGGGAGACAUCCAUGUGAAAAGGCAAGAGCUCUACAAGACAGAGAGGGGGUGAAAAAACAAAUGUUCCUACCCAAAGUUUUAAAUCUUUCUUGGAUUUUUGAAUGUAUUUGGUGGAUCUGAGGAGUUGCACUUGAUAAAACAUAGGCUACUAAAAUAUUAUAGACAACGUGAGCCUGCGGAGAGAACGACCAUUGGUCCUUAAAGGCAUUUGGAGGGGGCAAUAGGUCAUGUAUUUUUGGAAGGGAGGAAAAAAAAAAGUCAUAAAAUUACGUGACAGUGUCUGGCCAUCAGAGGGAUAUGCACAACACGUAAUCCAAGUGGAUUAGUGGAAAAGCUCAAGCGUAAAUGUAGCCGAUGGUUAAGUAUCCCGGUUGAUGUCCAUCUGACUGAUGCUUUAAAGUCUCGAUUUCACUCCAGAACAGUCAGGUGUGUUCACGCAAAGCAGGUUGAAACAUCUCGUCUUAAAAUUAGGUUUAUGCCUUUGGAAGCUAGAGCCAGCAGUUAAUCCCUACGCAUCACUUUGGUAGGUUGGUGCACAAAUCUGCACUGCUCCACCGUCCUGACAGCACAGUUUUAAUGCACCAUAAUAAUCUCUACAAUUGCACUGUAAUAGGCCUGCAUCUUACUGAACUCAACUGCAUCCAAUUUCAGAGGCUUCGUGAGAAACAGGACAAGAUGUGAACAGUCGUUUCUUAUUGCACCUUUUUUCACUGCAAAGCCUGCUCUUUGUUUCUAUUCAGGGUUUUCUCUUGCAGUUUUGAAUGUAAAAAAAAAACAAAAAAACAUUGCAACUUGUGAAUCGAAGAUUUGUACAUACAAUCUAUACAGCAGUUUCAGGUCAUGUAAAUACAAUCUAGUAUAUUUAUUAUAAUAAAAUUUUGAAACACUC